AUGUAUUUAAGUUAUUUUGGUGUUACUGGUAUACAGCCUGCUGAUGGUAUUGUUGGUACACGCGCAUUAUCGUCUGAUUACGACGAAUAUGUACCUUUACAGAACUUACUGAGAACAAUUUAUAUUGAAGCGACACUCGAUAGUCGAUCAGCUGGUCGGGUUUCUGAGGACAAAUUGGACUCAAAAAAUUGGUACCUUGAAAAAAUAACUCCGGAAAUUUAG